GAUACACAUGUAGAUGUCUUCCUUUCCUUCCUCAUUUUUUCUUAUUCAAUUGACAGCAAUACGGGAGGAUUGCCUUAAGUAAAGGCCUCAAGGACGCACUGCCAUUAUUCCAACACCACGUUUCUUCCCCUCUCCCUCUCCCUCCGCUCCCUCCAUAUCGCUUAGCUCAUGAAUCAUGAUAUGGAGACUCCUUCUAUCGUGGUCGAACCUCCGAGCGAGGAGGUAGACCUCAUCGAUGGCGGACACACACCUAGUUUAACAAGUGCGCUGCAGUCUUUCUAUGGCAUGUAUCAGGAUACUACCUCUUCGUCGGGAAAUACUUCCACUGAACAAGGAUUGUUUUCUACACCUCUAGACCUCUCUCCUGGUCAAAUUUCGCCCCUAAUCACGACUGGUCUGCGAGAUGCACAAUCUGGCAACAUGUUUCUGUCUGCGAGUGGACAAAAUUCCCCGAUUGAGGCCUCGAGUCCAGCUUCAACUUCGUCUGGAGAUCCAGUCUUUCCUGAGAACUGGAGCGAUUGUUCGUCACAAUGGAGUCCAUCGCACGACUCGUCUUCGCAUCCCUCAUCGCCGUCCAUGUCUCCUAUCAAUACUUCCAUGCUCAACUUCACCUUCAACGAUCCGCCCUACCUUGAAGAGACGUUUCAAGAAGCACCUGCCGCGAAUCGUAUGAGAAGUAACUCCUAUUCAGGAGGAUCCGGAUCCGAAUCCUCUCCAGAGGCUAGCAAUAGUGGCCGGCCACGUUCAGCUUCUUUUACGAAUGUGAACGAUCAUUACUUCCAUGUCGAAUCUCAGUGGGAUCCUUCAUUUCAAGCCACUGGAUUUGUAGCGUCUCCGUUGCCGAAUGACUUUCCAGCGGUGGACACCAACAUCUACAGCGGCAAUGUACCCCCAGGCUUUGGUUCUCCCACAAGUCCGAGCUAUUCCCCUGUCAACGAUGGGUGGAAUGUACCUGACCCAUCUAGUGGCCCACUGCCAACUUUUAUGAAUUAUCAUUAUCCAUCAUUGUCAGGACCACCGCCGAACCCGAACUCAAACCCAAACCCGAUGAUGACAUCUCACUCACGCAGUCAGUCCACACAUUUGACUGUUCCCUCGAAUACAUCUCUGCAGCGUCGUGGAGCGCACCGCCGCAGUCAUAGUCAUACUGGUGUGCAUGAACACACGUCCCCGCCCAUCUCUCCUACGCUUUCUGAUCCAGCAACGCGGGGCCUUUCCCCGAGUACUCGUGGACGCCAAAGCUCUCCAUCUUUUACUCCCAAUCAUAGCCGACCUUCAUCUGCGGCAUCUUUCAAUUACGAAACGUACUUUCAGCAAGUCGAUCAGUCGGCUGCUUUCCUGAACAUCAAUCCAGCGACGCAAAUUCCCAGCAACAUGAGCGACAGCUCUUCUUCGUUUCUUUCCCCAUCUCCAGGUCCAUCUAGUGCCUCUCAAUCUCCAGUUCAAUCUCCCGUUGCUCCACCUAUCGAACUCGCUGUACCUGAUUUCACCGGGACAAAACCUUUACCCGCCAUCAAGGUUGAUGAUAGUCUGAUUAGACGCCACAGCUAUGCUGGAGGUCCCCAUGUUCAUGCCGACCGAUCUCCGGAAACUCUACAUCGGGCUACAAGCGAUCCCCUCGGGCGCGGUCGCAAGAUUCGGACUCGGUCACGCUUUCAAGGGCUCUUGCGGCCCCAGAAAGAAGUGGAUGAAUCCUCACAGUUUCGUGAUUUUUCGUCGAUGAUGAUUGAUGUUCCUGUCGAAGGAAUAGCUUCGACGUCGGCAGCAACCUCGCCCUUAUCUUCGGAUAGCGAGCAUAAGGAUAUUGUAGCCUCGAACAAGAUUGUGGACGCCAGUUAUAAGAGGAGAAAGAAGCCCGAUGAAAAGGCUAGAUUUGUUUGUCCAAUUUGUCGUCAUACUUUCACAGCGAAACAUAAUUUAAAUAAUCACAUAAAUUCUCAUAACGGCGUUAAACCGUUCAGGUGUGAUGUCUGUAAACAGACCUUCACAACCAGUGGAACGGCGAAACGCCAUCAGAAUAAUUGUACUGGGAAGAUGCCUCGCAAACGUCCCUAGCACCUUCCUUGUUUUUAGAAUACAUUCACUUCACCCUACUGAUCCUUCGCCUAAUCUUAUUCGAUACCCAUCUGUUCUUUCCACCACCAUCAUUAUGUAUCGUCGGUUUUCCAGAGAAUGUCCUGUAUCUAUUAGCCCAUUUGCCUCCUACGCUUUUCCUCCGCUCCAAGUUCUCCUUGUGUUCACGCUUACUUUGCUGCUCUCGUUACAUUCUUGUUCUACGUGAUGAUCAUUCAUGGUUAUCAUUGACGUAUUCUGCAGCCAUCGCAUUCCCUUCCCGCAAGAUGAAGCAGUUGUUUUCACGUUUACCUCUCGUCUCCCUCAAGUUACGACCUGUCUCUUAUUCUUGCUAUUUGUUAUCUCCCAGUAUCGUUGGCUAGAGCAUCUUUAUUGUAUAAUCUGUUUAACACUUGCCCCCAUUCGGGAUGGCUUCAAGCACU